UCUCGAGCAAUCGAAAAAUCGAAAUCUUUACGCUUGAUAGAUAUACGAAGAAACACUGAUCUUUUAAUGAGGAAAAUUAGAGAAACUCAAUUGCAGAUAAAUUGUUUAAUACACGCAUUUGAUGCCCUUGGUUCGGAUGAACCAAGAAAUAUCAGUUUUAUUUCUCACAUUUCUAUGUUAGCCUCGUCAAAUGUUUAGUCCUCAAGACUAAAGAGGAUACUUUAAAGAUAUUAUCAUGACAACGACAAAUUGUAAUGAAGAGAUGUUUAAUUCCUGACAAAAAGGAAAUCUGAUAAUUAGAAAAUUAAUUAAAUUUAAUAUUAUAAGCUAUUGUGAGAUAUUGGAAGAAUCUUAAGAAAUAUAAUCUUAAUUCUGCAACAUAAAUAAACUACGUUUAUUGUCUACGUUUUGAAAGAAACUAUCGUAUCAACGAGGUAACGGAGAAGCUGAUAAUCCAGAACUUCAAAGUUAUCUCUGAGAUAAUAAAUUGUCACGCGGACGAGUUAAAUUCAUAACUCUUAAGAAUUCACCUAUUAUCUAUAUAAAGAAGCUUUUAUUGUAAAUUUAUGAACCUGCCAAGUUCUGAUAAUGUAUGAUAAAAAACAUUGAUAACAGUACGUAGAAAAUUUAAACGUGAGAAGGAAUACACGUGAGACUGCGCCAAGUUUAUGUCGUAUUGCUAUGGAAGGUGAAUAUACCAAGCACAUUUCUUUCGAAACGAAGGAGACGAGGCAACACGAAAAUAGAUUUUUUAAACAAUAGUCCUAUUGACAGAAAUGAUUCUUGCGAAACGCGAAAAGUGCGUAUAUUAGAGCUAAUAAGUUUCUGCCGUUUCUGUCAGUAUAACUUACAUUAUAUAAUCACGUCAGGCGGUUCAAUCAUACAAACGAUGACCUUGGGGAUUUCUUACCGGUGGACCGUCAGCUUGGCUGUUUCGAGGAAACGAAGCCGGAGAUGAUGCCGAAGAGGAGCUGACAUUAGUUCUCGCACUUAGUUAUCUCAUUUGACGAGAGGACGAAACUCUUAGGGGAUGUCACAACCUUUUUAUCGGCGAAAGUGCAAGCGUAGUACUUAAAGUUGAAGAGUUAAAUAAAGAAGAGAAUAACCACGUGAGGGACGAUUCACGUGCUCGAUAAAAGAUGACUGUCUCCUACACUGCCGAGGUAGCCACUUGCAGAGGCCUCGGUUGCUUCCUCAAGUUAUUACUCAGAUGGCGGGCGAGCAUUUACAAACUUGUCUGGCUCGAUCUGACACUCUUCCUCUUCAUCUAUUACUCCCUCUCCGGUAUUUACCGAUUAUUAUUGAACGAGGAGCAAAAGAAGAUAUUCGAAUCUAUAGUGUCAUACUGCAACGAGUACAGCGACCUGAUACCACUGUCAUUCGUCCUAGGUUUUUAUGUCAGUAUCGUCAUGACCAGAUGGUGGAAUCAAUACAUGACGAUACCAUGGCCUGAUUCCAUCGCAGUCUUCGUAUCAGCCACUAUACAUGGGAACGACGAACGUGGUCGUUUAAUGCGUCGAACGAUCGUUAGGUACGUGUGCGUUUGUCUGACUAUAGUCCUAACAAACGUCGCGCCGCGUGUAAAGAAGAGAUUUCCUACUCUAGAGCAUUUCGUGGAGAGCGGUUUAUUGCUGGACAACGAAUUAGUGAUAUUUCAAAGUCUAAAUGCGAAAUUUCCGAAGCCAAGUAAACAUUGGCUGCCGAUAGUUUGGGCUUCCAGUAUUGUGACCCGAGCCCGACAAGAAGGUCGAAUACGUGAUGAUUUCGCGGUGAAAACUCUAAUUGAUGAACUUAAUAGGUUCCGCGGGAUGUGUGGCAGUAUAUCGCACUAUGACACAAUCAGCGUCCCGUUAGUGUAUACUCAGGUCGUAACAUUAGCCGUCUAUACAUAUUUUUUGACUACUGUGAUGGGUCGUCAGUGGAUUCAAAAGUCGAACUCGACUAUAGAUCUGUACUUCCCAGUAUUCGCGACAUUGCAAUUCUUUUUCUAUAUGGGCUGGUUAAAAGUAGCCGAAACGUUAAUCAAUCCAUUCGGCGAAGACGACGAUGACUUUGAAGUAAACUGGUUAAUCGAUCGUAAUUUGCAAGUAAGCUAUCUAAUUGUUGACGAAAUGCAUCACGAACAUCCUGAACUCAUACGUGAUCAAUAUUGGGAUGAGAUAUUCCCCGCCGAACUCCCCUACACCGCCGCAGCACAACCCCGCGAGGAACCUCCUGAACCUUCAACAGCUGGCAUACAAUUGUCCGCCGCUCAACAAGAAUUGCAACCAUCGUCGGUUAAAAUUGACGAGAUGAUGCCGAUGGAUGAUCAGAAAUUCCGCUCCGACAUCGCUGAUGAUGCUGCAUCAGGAAUACAUUUUAUCGCAGGAAAACUGUCCCGAAGCAAUACAGACAGCACCGAGAAAUUAAUAAGAAGCACCAGUAGAGUGAGCAAUCGAGAUCGCAAUAUCAGUGGCGGUUCGAUUCCUAGCAAUUUGGGAUCCCUCACGAGGGUAGCCAGCGUCACCAAUGCACUUAAGCGACUGUUUAGCAAAGAUGACAGGACGGACGGAGGUACCACGAGUGCCGUCAAAGCCACAGAAAAGAUGCCGAGCAUGGGUUCAACAACUUCAUUACAACCACGACCAUCUGGUGCAGGUGGCUCCAUGAGAAUAGGCGUCAUUGAGGAAGUGGACGAGCAGAUGACAUUGACGUCGUUAAGACAAUCGAACGAAAGCAGGCCUCACGUAGAAAGUAUAUUUACGCAAGGUCCGCCACCGCCGAGUGAUCCCGUCGACGUUCCUGGUGUCGCACAAUUUUACAAUCGUGAAAUAUUCUCCAGGAGUGCACCCGCAGAAGCACAUGCAGGAGCUUUAACAAUAGCCGGCAGUGCAGAAUCCGCGGUCGAAAGGCAGAACAUUUUAAGGACACAAGAAUCCGCACCAUCAAUUAGGUCAAGUAUCAUUUAUGAACCAGCGCCUAGUUACACCGGUAGUGGGAUAAACGACGAUUUGCCCAGCACAUCAAGCACCUCCUCUUCUGACAAUGGCACAAGCGAAUUUACGAAAUUGAAAACCAAGAGGAAGGCUCGAAGGCGUAGUCGAAAACUCACUGGAAGUGCUAGUGGCCUAAACGAAAAUGACUCGACAAGCCUUCCCGAUUCGGAAACUCUUCUGCUGACGGAAUUAACAGAUACGUCGCGACAAAGUAUGAAAAAACGCGAUGAAAACGAUGAAAUUUAGAAAAAAUACAUUGAUUUUCGACAUUAGUUUAUUUAAUAAGCCUGAAUAACAAAUUCGAUCGACAUAAGAAAAUAACGUGACAAUACAUCAAAAAAAUAACGUGACAUACAUACAGUGACAGAUUUGUUAUGUGUCUGCGAUGUACUUAUCAAAGUUUAUCAUUAAACAAUGAUGUAAUGUUUCACGUACAUACGGAUUUUAUAUUACAUACGAUUUUAUAUUACAUAAUCCAUAUGUAAUUUAUUAACCAUAUGUAAUAUAAAUCAAUUGUGAAAUUUUGCGAUUAGCAAUUUUUUAGCAUUCUUAUGAAAUCUGCUUUAAUAACGACAAAUUUGUAAAGACUUAAUAUUUUUUACACGAGCAUAUAUAACGCAGCAGUAUCGUCGUGCGAAAGUUUUUCGCGAAAGCCAGCUGAAGAAAUUUUAGUGUUUUCGUUCAUUUAUAAAUUGAUAAAUGCAAAUAUCUUGUAUGUAAGUAUCUUUUAAGUAAAAGUUUAUAUACAAAAAUAUAUAUAAGGUGCUUUCCAACAUGAGACACGAUGUGCAUUACCAAUGUUAAACAAGGAUGAGAUGAUCCUGUGUUAUAUACUGGGUCGCUUGGAAAGCACCCAUACAUUGAGAAAAAAAUAGCCUAAAUUUAAAUAAAUAUUUAUUUGAAUACU